UGCUCCAGAAUUAUUCCUGUACUUGAAAAGAAGGGAUGGGCGUGAAUCGCCCUCUAAAAGGAUGAGGGAGCAAAUGCUUUUCUCCACUCUUAUUGCGCGCGCGCUUCACUCACUGUCUCAAAACUGGAGGAGCAGAUUGCACUCAACUAUGGAUUUAACAGGAAAAAUUGUGCAAAUACUCUGAGCACCUUCCUGAUAUCCAACUGAUGCGCAGAGAGUGUGUGACGGUGAGUUACAGAGCAAGAGAGAGGGAGAAUAAAGUAAGUGACAGAGAGAGAGAGAGAGAGAGAGAGAGAGAGAGAGAGAGAGAGAGAGAGAGAGAGAGAGAGAGAGAGAGAGAGAGAGAGAGAGAGAGAGGUUAGUUUGGACCAGGUGAUAGAGCCACAACAAACCUCCAAGGGGCUGGUGGUGGUUAAGAUCAGUUUGCACAGGAUUCUGCUUCCAAUCAUGGUGCCAGCAGCCUGUCCCGGAACCUUUGCCAUGCUGGCUCUCACCUUUCUCCUGGGAUGUGGCAUUGGGUUCUGCCUGGGCCAGAAUGACACGGAGCCCAUCGUUUUGGAGGGGAAGUGUCUGGUGGUGUGUGACUCCAACCCUUCAUCUGACGGAGGAGUCACCUCUUCGCUUGGGAUAUCUGUCCGCUCCGGCAGCGCCAAAAUAGCUUUCUCGGCCGUAAGAGGGACGAACCACGAACCUUCGGAGAUGAGCAACACUUCCAUGACCAUCUAUUUUGACCAGGUCUUAGUAAACAUUGGCAAUCAUUUCGACCUAAAACCCAGCGUAUUUACCGCACCACGGAGAGGAAUAUACAGUUUCAGCUUUCAUGUGGUCAAGGUCUACAACAGACAAACCAUACAGGUGAACCUGAUGCAAAACGAGUACCCGGUCAUAUCUGCUUUUGCUGGGGAUCAGGAUGUCACGCGGGAGGCGGCGAGUAACGGAGUGCUAUUGAUGGUGGAGCGCGAGGAUCGCGUGUAUCUCAAGUUGGAAAGAGGGACUCUAAUGGGCGGAUGGAAAUACUCCACGUUCUCUGGAUUUUUAGUUUUUCCUCUUUAAUUGGCUCGCUUGCGAGUAACACUUUUGGAGAGACCGAGGACAAAAAAAGUAUCAGUGCUUUGAACAAAACUGUUUGCGAUGCAGACAAAUAGCGCACACGUCAAAAAUAUAGCAAAACCGAUUAUGGACGCGCCCGAAGGGAGUUUCCGCCUUUUUUGGCCACAGCAGUUUUGAGAGUUACGCAGUCGCGCACGUUCUUUUUGGGAUUUUAUGGAUGGAAAACAAAUUCGCAACCUUCAAUCACAUGGAAGACUAUAUAAAUGAGAAGAUAUUUAUGACGAAAAACUUCAGUGUAUUUAUCAGUGCUUUAAUUUUGUGUUUGUAUAGCCUUAAAGGUUCGGCUUCCGUCCAGUGAGAUGUGUAAUAUGGAGCUGCGGAAGUGCUUUACGACCCCAAAAGCAUUUUUGCACGAAUGGAAGAUCCUGUUUUGUGCUGUCAAUGAUGUGUCUUUUGGAUGCUGAACAUACUGAAAAUAUGCCAAAUGUAGGCCACCCGCUAUACAGUGAUAAUUAAAAAGAAAACCCAUAUAUCAGCAAACGGAGACGUCUUAAAACUUUUGCUAGAUAUCUCAUUUAUAUUUACAUUAUGAUGUGUUCUACAUUCCGGAUAUAAGUAGCUUUGAUUGAUUUAGUGUUCAGUGACAAUGCUCACAGAUGUAAGUUGUGGAAAAAGAAAAGUCCCUAUAUAAUGUCCCGCCUAAUAAAAUAUUGUAUUGUUCA